GCGACUUCCUUUCAUUCCUUUGCAGCUACAGAGGUGACAGCAAGGGUGCCAGGCUAGUCAGUUGCAGAUCAGAAAGAUGACACAGCCGCAGACACACUGGAACAGCGACCUUCUUGACUGCUGCGAUGACAUGAAUUCAUGUUGCUAUGGCUUCUGGUGCUGCCCUUGCUUUGCCUGCACCACCUCAGGGAAGUUUGGAGAGAACGACUGCCUGCCCUUGUUGGACAUCUUCACCCCCGCAAUUACAGCAGCCUGUGGCAUACCUCUGUGUGUGCCUCCUGCAGCCCUGUCUCUGAGGGUCGCCAUACGCCACAAAUAUGGGAUCAAGGGCUCUCUCUGUAAGGACAUCGCAGUUUCCUGUUUCUGCUCCUGGUGCUCCUGGUGUCAGAUGUCCCGUGAGAUCAAACAUCGGAAGAAAAGCCACGCUGUGAUCAAUGUGCAGGCUCAAUCUGCUGUGGUCAACGCGCAGCCCGCCUCGACCGUGGUCGCCGCUCAGGUCCACACGAUCAACCAGCAGAACAUCGUGCUGCCAGCCAGCCAGCCUACAGCACCAGGUUUCGUGCUUCAGCCCAUGUCUCCAGGAGCAAAUUAUGGCUCCCCACCUCCUCUUAGCCCAUCUUAUGGGCCUCCAUCUUAUUACUGAGAUUUUCAGCUCCUCAUGAGUCUGGGUCAUGUAGUGAAGAUUUUUUUUUUGU